AUGGCUUUCACGGAGGGUAGGAAGAUUCAUAUCAAGAACCUGUCGUACGAAGUGGAAGAGGACGACCUGCGAGAGGCCUUUUCCAAGUUUGGAACCAUUCUUGAGGUCAAAAUCAUACGAGACCAUGUUACCUCAAAGUCCAGAGGUUUUGGCUUUGUCACCUUUCAGGAAGGCAAGGCAGCCAGAGCAGCACUCGAGUACAUGGACAACAAGCCUUUUCGGGGGGCCUACAGGAUGAAGGUCAACUGGGCGACACAAGAUGGAAGAUUUGGUGCGAACAGGCCUAGAGACCCCAUUGACAUCAGGGAACGGCGCAGCCUGAUCAGCGGGCCGCCUCCAGGGAUGGGUCUCCGCCCCGACUCGCCCCUCAGCCGUAGAGAGAGAGCGCUGCAGAACGCGAAGUCGCUGUCGCCCCCCUUCGUCGGUGACCAGCAGCCGCCAGGGUUCCAGUCCAGCCAAGAGAAGGCGGAAGACAAGGCCAGAACCGACGUGGCGUCGCCCGCACCGUCCACUGGUCGCAAAGCCCGCUCCAAAUCACCUCCACCAAUGCGCCGCCGCACCAGAAGUCCCGAGCGGGCGGCCAGUGACAGCGGCGGCCGCGACGAGCGCGCGCGCAGUGGCAGCCGCAGCUGCAGCCCAAGCCGCGGCCGCCGCGCCAGAAGCGCCAGCACGGCACACACCCGCAGCCGCAGCGGCAGCGGCAGCCCGCCCCCCACGCGCCGCUCCGCUACGCCCCGCUCCGACGAGAAAAGGCACUCUGCGAGUCCCGAAGAGGUUCGGUCCCCUCCAAAGAAGCGCCAAUUUGAGAGCAUUGAAGAAACAGAUGAAGAGACCAAGGACGAAUUGAGAGCGGCCUUGGACAUCGCACUCGACAAACAGAUCGAGCUCGAGGACAAGAUCAUGAAGCUACAAGAGCGACUGCGCAUGUCGGAGCUGGAGAAGGGCGACAUACUACGGAGAAAUGCGAUAUUGGAGUCGGAACUUGACGACACUCGGUCCAGACACGACGGGCGGCAGCUACUCCUGAUGAAGAUGCGGAUGGCAAUGGGUCGGGUGCGGCAAGCGGAGGACAUGAAGAGAGCGAGCGAGAACGAGGUUCAGGAACUGUUUCGUCUUGCGGACGCAGAGUUCAGAUGCCAGGACCCGGCCCUUUGA